AUGCGAUUUAACGCAGCAUCAGAACCAAGAGGUACGAGCGGAAGUGUUAGCCCAGUUGUGGCACAGCUCGCACCGUCGUCGACGCAUUGCGGAUCGUCGGCCGUGGCGUCGAGUCCGUUCCAUUGGAAUUAUUCUAUUCGUCGGUUUCGAAGGAAAUCGUUAACGCGAGAAAGGUCUAUGACCGGACCGAGACGGGGUACGCUUCAUCAGAGGAGCACCAACACGAGUCACCGCGCGACCAGCAUCAGGCUGGAAUUGAUGAAGUCCGAGGCAAUCGGGGAGGAGGACACGACUGCCGAUCCAGCAGUCUGUGAACAUUGAUACUGUUUUUUGUGUUUGUUAUCCACCCGUGAGUCGUCGUGUGGAAUAUAUUUAUUCUGUGUUUGUAAUCCCGUCUCUGCGUACAUCUGCUGCUCUCCGUCUCGUCGUUGUAUUUCGUUUCCACACCCCUACCGUUUCCCUCGUCUACUCCCUGUUUUCGAUUUCGACCUGUGCUCUCGGUUUACAUUUAUUACGUUCGGAUGACUUUGUACGGCGAUCGCGCGUUAGAUUUUCUUUCUUUGUAACAGCGCCGGGGAUUGGUUUCGCUUUUCCUUUGUACAUACCACACGCGCACGCAGGCGUGUGUACAUGCGUGUGAUCGCGAGCGCGUCACUGUGAGCGGGAAAGAAAAGGUCGAUGACAAUGCAACGAGUCCAAGAUCAAGACAAUGGGAUCAACAUCAAAUUCGGCUCGAGCCAAGGCAAGAAGGGUGACUAUACGCUCGUGUCACAGCAUACGGAAAAAGAGAAGAAUAGUAACUUGAAUGGGACCAACAAACAAGUUAAACAUGUAACAGCUCAGGAAGACUUAGUCCCACCAGAUGGAGGGUGGGGAUGGCUUGUACUUUUAGCAUCCGUCAUGGUCAAUCUCCUCAUUCCAGGAACAGUGAAAUCUUUUGGUGUAUUGUUUGUUGAAUUUCUUGAAGUUUUUGACGCGUCACCUGCUGCAGCUGCUUGGAUACCAGCUUUGUGUUAUUUUCUAUAUAGUUCACUUGGACCACUUUCUAGUGUAUUAUCAGUUAAAUACUCCUAUCGAACAGUAACACUUAUUGGAGGUACAUUUGCAGCUGUAGGAAUGAUGUUAAGCUACUUUGCGGAUUCUGUGGCCUUUUUAUGCAUUAGUUAUGGAGUCCUGGUAGGAAUAGGAGCAGGAUUGGCUUUCCCUCCAACUGUGUACAUUGUAACUUCUUACUUUGUACGGUUACGUGGACUUGCAAAUGGUCUCUGCAUAUCUGGUAGCGCAUUAGGCUCAAUAUUCCUCCCACCCAUCCUUGGAGUGCUUCUACGCGAAUAUGGAUACAGAGGUGCAGUAUUAAUAAUGGGUGCUGUCACUUUGAAUGUAUGGGCGAGCGCGCUUUUGUACGAACCGGUGGAAAAACACAUGGUGCCCGCCGCGACUUCGAGCGAGUCGAAUGACAACUGUGACUUGGAAGCCGCCGCCGUCGUCGCCCCCGUAAUGAUAACUAGUCCCGUGGACGAGAAGAAAUCGAAUCACGUGAUUUCUUCGGAAGACACGAACGAGAAGGCUGCACCGAUCGUGCCGAAAAGCGCUUCCAGCGUCGCGUUAGAAUAUUACAAGAACACGCCGGUCCAGGGAAGGACAAGAAAGAUCAGUAUGCCGACCGGCCGUGAGAUAACCGGCCAGAUGCACAGCACGCCCGCGUUGCACGCGGUCCCGGAACGCGGCGGCGGCGAUUAUAACAGCAGGCUGUCGAGACGCAAGUCGCCCUUACGAUCGCCGAGCACGUCGUCGUUUAAUUACAUCAGCACGCCGUACCACGGUAGCACUCUGUCCGCCUUACACCCGGAAAGGGCGUCCACGUUGACGUUGAACGCGAUCUCGAGCACGUUCACGAAAAAGACCGUGAACGAGACGACCAAAGACGACGAGGAGAAGCAGCAACAGCAGGAAAACAAGUUCUUCGACUUCAGCUUGCUCAAGGAUCCUAUCUAUCUAGUGAUAUUGAUCUCAAACUCGACGAACGCGGUUAGCUACACGAAUUUCGUCAUUCUACUGCCAGCAUACGCGAUCUCUUUAGGCUUCGACAAGAAUAUGUCUUCCCUUCUCCUAUCGACCGUCUCCAUAUUGGAUCUGAUCGGUCGUAUCGGGGGCUCGGCCCUCUCCGAUGUCUCGAUAAUGCCGAAGCAUUGGUACUUCGUCGGUGGAUUGUUCAUUUCUGGAAUCUCGUUAGCCAUAUUACCGAUCGCGACCACCUACACAAUGCUGUCGGUUUAUUGCGGUAUAUUCGGCCUCGCGUCCGGCAUUUACGUAGGCAUCACCGCGGUGAUCAUGGCCGAUAUGCUCGGCACAGAGAAACUAACCUCAUCGUACGGUAUCUCGUUGUUCGUUAACGGAAUCAUUCAACUGGUCGGCCCGCCGAUCUGCGGGAUUGUAUUCGAACAGAUCGGUAGCUACGGUCCGAUCUUCAGCAUCCUGGGAGUCAUUCUGGUGGUGGGCGCGUCCCUGUGGGGUUUCGUGCCGUUCAUUAGGAGAAGGCAAGACGCUCUGGAGAAAGAGAACCCGGUCGAGAAAUUAUAGUGUAUUUCGUACACGCCUGAAUCUGACUAUCUCUUACGGGAAGAGCUUAAUUGUAUAAUUACCGUAGAUGUUAAUAUAUAUAAGCGUGUCUCGGUAUAUAAUUAACGAUGAUUGUAUAAUUAUGAAAUACUGUGAUGUUAGGAAUGAAUGUUCUGUAUAUACCACUGGCACUGUGAUGACCGUUACACGAUCCACACGCGCACAUUUCCAGGUGGAUUGGUGGAGAAACAAUUUUUUCAAAGGAUAUAUUUUUAAGAAACGUGACGGUUUCUCUUUUCCUUCAAAAUUGAAAGUGUCUUGCCUUACACACGUGAGAAAAAGAAAGUUACUCUUUGAAUGUAUGUUCUUGUUGAUACUAGAAAAAAAAAAAGAAAGAAAGAAACACAUAGGGAUAAUUAAGUACUUAGUUCGAAAGCGCACUAGCUGCUGGUGCUACUGUAAUUUAAAUACAUGAAAGCGCAAUAAUAUAAUUUAGUGCACAUAACGUUCUUUUAGUGUAAACAUAACGGUAAAGAAAACGUCGAAUAUUUGUUCUUACACUUCUCUUGAAAGAAAAAGAAGAGAUAAGUAUGUAUAUAAUUCCUACUGUUAUGAACACUCAGUCACUGAAUAUAGAGUCAAUUUUGUUAUUCAUUCGUUUACUAUUCACCGAAAAAUAUGCCUUAAAAGUAGGAUAUAAGUACUUUGUUAUUAAUAAAUUACAUUUAUAAUACUAUACAAUAUGUAAAAUAAAUAAUGACACGAAACAUGCAUAUCUC